UUGAUAUAUUAUGAGUCACUCCCUCCUCUAAUAUAGCAUACUUCCAUACAAAACGGAAAAGAUAUCUUUAGCACUUUAGAUUUUAUUCUGUUGUCAGAUUGUAACUGUGAACGGUGUAGCAAAGCUCGAGGCUAUUAUAAUACGUUCAAGCCGGUAAAAGGACACGGUAUUGCUACUUUCACCAUACACCUUUUUGCCUUUUGUUUACAACAAAUACAUGUCAAGUGCAAGAUCCGAUCUGUUCGAAGCGAUUUUGGGAGUCAAAUUUAUUACCAUGACGUGUAAUWAAAGCCCGGGCAUCCAUGGGUCGCAUAUAAAAACCGUUACAAUAUGAAUAUAACAAACGGCAAUCGAUGUUCAAAUAAGCUGACUAAUGGUAAUUCAAACAUUCCGUUGCGGAGRACCUCCAUGAAUCGGUCGAAUUCGACGACACCGCCGCCGUCGCCUUCCCGAAUUCCGGUGAAUAAUCCGGAGGYUCAAAAAUGGAAAUUGAAAUACGAAGAGACGGAGCAAAAACGUAAAAGUAUCCUCAGCGAGAAGGAAAAAAUUGCAAGACAGUACAAUGAGUUGCAAAGAAAAAAUCUGGACCUUCAACUGAAAAAUGAACAGUUGGAAACCGAACUGUUUGAAAAAAACGAACACUACACAAAAUUAUCGGAAGUUUCGAAAAAAGUCUACACGGAGUACGAAAAGCUGAAAAAUCGAUAUGAAACUGAAACAACAGCGAUGUCGAGUGCACUUCAAGAUGCGUCACAUUGGUACAAGGAAAAUAAAAAGUUGAAAAGACAGACAAUGCAUCUGUUGGAUACAGACACUGUUGAUGAAGGUGUGGAUGCUGGUGAAUCCACCGGAGAUUCAGAUAUCGAAAAUUUGAAUAAAACUAUCAAACAAUUGAGUUCCGAAGUUGCGGAAUUGCAAACCGAAGUCGAUACUUUAAAACACAUUGAGUUCACAACGUCCGAACAAAAUGUAAAAUUGUCCGAAGAAUUAGAAUUUGAGAAAGAAAAAAAUAAGAAACUCGAGCACGAUUUCCAUGAGCUGAAAAAACAGUACGAGCAAAUAAUUCGAGUUUCGGAAAUGAUGAAAAACGAACUGACUCACUUGAAAGAGGUGGAAGAGAAGCAGAGAAAUAGUGUUGUGAUUUUAAGAAGAGAAGCUGAUGAUUAUAAAAAAGAACGAAACGUUUUGGCACACCAAAGUACACUCCUGCUUGAAGGGCUCGGUAGUGAAAAUCAGGACAAUUUCAUGGUUUUGCUCCAAGAUGUGGAGCAGUUGAAACGGACUCUCGAGGAGGAGAGGAACCGCUACGAAGAGGAGUUAAAUUCAUUACAAGAGAAAUUAGAAAUGGCUGAGAAGAAUUCGCAAGUUGAAGUGCUUGAAGAGCGGCUGCAACUCGCGGAAUCCGAACUGCAGGAAGCCCUAGAAAGGGCGGAAAAGGCCGAAGAAGCGCUCAAAAGGCCCCCAGCGCCGCCGCCGCCACCACCCCCGGCUCUUUUCAGCGAACCUCCAACGGUCCCGUUAAGGGUGAAGCGGAGGUCAAGGGCCAAUAUUGCCGAACUCGCGGAUGUGAUUGGGGUCAAAGAACCGGCAGUCCCUGAUUGCAAAAAAGUCACAACUGGGGUUAACGAAGACAUUAUUAAUACGAUAAAAUCGGGGAAAUUUACCUUAAAAAAAGUCAAAAAUGAUAACAAAAAAGAACGUGAGGGUAGUAAAGCCGUGUCCGAACUUUUGAAUAUUUUAGGAAGUUUGAGAAAAGCACCGAAAAGUCGGCAAAGCUUAUGCAAUGGGGACGUUGCAUUGUAAGUAUUUUUAGUCAUGUAUAUUAUAGCUGCCAUAUUUUUGUAUUUUUUAUAUUGUUGAAUAAAAGAAUUUAUACAAA